CCGCCAAGCUCAGCGCCGGCGCCGGCGACCACCUGCGCCGCCUGCACCUGCACCACCAGUCGCCACCGCCGCCGCCGCCGGCCGUCGUCUUCCCGGACGACUACGAGUACCUGCGCGGGCUGGUACCACAGCUGAAGCGCGAGAUCAAGGAGCUGGAGGGCAAGACCGACUCACUGGGCGCCGAGGUGGUCGACCUGCGCCGACAGCUCGCCACCAAGGAGCAGCAGGUGCUGCGCCUCCAGCGCGAAGUCCACAAGCUCAAGAGCGUGCUGCAGCAGGCGACCAGCUUCAGCCAAGAUGGGGACCUGCUGGCGUCACUGCACGAGCACCACAGCAUGCCGGGGCAGGCGCUGCCCCCGGCCGCCUCCGCCGCCUCCUCCAGCAAGAAGCAGGGCGUCUCUGGCGAGAGCACCGACGUGGGCCAGACUGCCGAUGACAUCCAGAUACAGCGUUACGAUAAGGAUUUCCGGUCCAAACAGCUGAUAAAAGACGCUAUUAUGGACAACGAUUUCCUGAAAAAUCUGGAUUCCAGCCAAGUGCGAGAGAUUGUGGACUCCAUGUAUCCGUUGGAAUACGGGAAGGGGAGCUUUGUAAUCAGAGAGGGAGAAGCAGGAUCACAUCUCUACGUGUCCGCCGAGGGUGAAUUCGAAGUUAUCAAGGAGGAUAAAGUUCUUGGAAGAAUGGGACCCGGGAAAGCCUUUGGAGAACUUGCCAUUUUGUACAACUGUACUCGGACAGCAUCCAUUAAAGUGGUGAACGACGCGAAGGUGUGGGUGCUGGACCGCAGAGUCUUCCAGCAGAUCAUGAUGCGGACCGGCCUGCAACGGCUCGAGGACAACAUCAACUUCCUGCGCAGCGUUCCUCUGCUCCGCAACCUCAGCAACGACGUUCUCGCCAAGAUCGCUGACGUCCUGGAAGUUGAGUUCUACCCGGCCGGCGCGCACAUCAUACGGCAAGGCGCGAGCGGGGACACGUUCUUCAUCAUCAGCGGCGGCUGCGUGAAGGUGACGCAGCGGCUGGCGGGCCGGCGCGAGGACGAGGAGAUCCGCACGCUGGAGCGCGGCGACUACUUCGGCGAGCAGGCGCUGCUCAAGGAGGACUGCCGCACGGCCAGCGUGAUCGCGCUGCCGCCCGGCGUCGAGUGCCUCACGCUCGACAGGGACUCCUUCAUCCAGCUCAUCGGAGACCUCAGCGAGCUGCACGAGAAGGACUACGGCGACGAGACGCGCGGCCUCUCCAGGCCCUCCAGCUCCUUCAGUCUCUACGCCGACGUCGAGGCGGAGUACGACUACAUCCGGCUGGACGACCUGGACGUGAUCGCCACUCUUGGUGUCGGGGGAUUCGGGCGCGUCGAGCUGGUGCAGUACAUGUACGACAGGAGCCUCACGUUCGCGCUGAAGUGUCUCAAGAAGCAGCACAUCGUCGACACGCAGCAGCAGGAGCACAUUUACAGCGAGAAGAACAUCAUGAUGAGCUGCCGAAGCCCCUUCAUCUGCAGGUUGUACCGGACGUUCCGGGACUCCAAGUACGUGUACAUGCUGCUGGAGGCUUGCUUGGGAGGCGAGGUGUGGACCAUUCUCAGGGACAGAGGCUGCUUCGACGAUCAUACGACUCGUUUCGUCACAGCCUGCGUCGUCGAAGCGUUUGAGUACCUGCACGCCCGAGGCAUCAUAUACCGGGACCUCAAGCCCGAGAACCUCCUGCUAGACACUCAGGGUUACGUCAAACUUGUGGAUUUCGGUUUCUCGAAGAGGCUCGGGUACAGCGCGAAGACCUGGACUUUUUGUGGAACGCCGGAAUACGUAGCGCCUGAAAUAAUACUGAAUAAAGGCCACGACCGAUCUGUGGACUACUGGUCGUUGGGUAUCCUCAUGCAUGAGCUGCUGACUGGCACGCCGCCGUUCACUGCAGCUGAUCCUAUGAAGACGUAUAACAUAAUUCUGAAGGGAAUCGACAUGGUGGACUUCCCUCGGCACAUCACGCGAGCUGCACAAAGUUUGAUAAAGCGACUGUGUCGUGACGCCCCCUCCGAGAGGCUUGGCUACCAGCGAGGAGGCAUUCAGGACAUCAAGAAGCACAAGUGGUUCCAGGGCUUUGACUGGGAAGGCCUAAGGCAUAGAACGUUACCAGCUCCCAUUGUCCAACAGAUAAGAGGCCCUACUGACACAUCAAAUUUUGAUUCAUAUCCAAAGGAUUUAGACAUCCCUCCAGAUGAAUUUUCAAAUUGGGAUUUGGAUUUCUGAUAUUUCUAUGGGUAGUAUUAAUGCAGCAUUUACAAAAUGGGCCAAAGUGCUUGCAUCUUGCUGUAAAACAAAGUAUUUCCCCUUUGCAGCAAGCUAAGCGGAAAUGCUAUGUUGAUAUGAAUCUAAAAGAAUAUUUUUAUUGCCAUUAUUUUCAAACACAAAUAACUGAACACCAAAUACUUAGCUUAUUGAAAUGAAAAUGUGGUGUAUGUGAGAUACUCUGGAUUUUUAUGUCUGAAUGUGUGCUUUACCUAGUAAACAUAACUGAUUGAAAGUCAGAACCUGUGUACACUACUCCAGAUAUUAAUUUAAAAAUUUAACAGUUUAUAUUUUUGAGAAUUUUUGGAAGUGUAACCAUAACAUCACUUUUAAUUUUCAAUAAUUGUAAAAUGUUUUGUAAAUAUGUAAAUAAUUUCAAGCUCUAACUUUUUGCACUGCCAAACAGUAUUGAUAACAAAACCAUAUAAUUCCAAAGGAAAAUGAUCACUAUAAAAAACCACUACAAUUUUCUGUAAAGCAGAUGAUGAAAAACAGAGUUAAACAAGUGUCCACAAGAAAAUAAUGGUCUAUUUUAUGAUAAACGCCAGUUUCUUAUAAAGUUAUUUCUCACUGAAAAGAAGCACUUGAAGUUGAUAGUCUCCAAUCUAUCUGUUUGAAAUUAAAUAAAUAUCUGAAAAACAUAUGACUGUAUUGGUUCAUAUGUAAAAUGAUUUUCAUUGCUGUUUAUCAAGAUUACCUUUAUUGUUUUUAAUCAUGAGCUUUUAUGUUUUUACUUCCUCAUCAGUGCUAUUACCUUGCUAUUUUUUAAAUAUCUGGAGCUGAUAUUAACAUAAAAUCUAUAAGAAGUAAAAGAUAUCUUUUCAGAAACUGACUGUCAGAUGUAAAUUUUCCUCAGAUGUUUUCUUUUGAUUAUAUAUAUCACAUUUCCUAUGUUACACAUUUGAAAUCAUAACUAGCAAGUUCCUUAAAAACUGUACUAAUCAUUAUUAUCCUCUGUGCCACCUAUUACGUGACAAAGUCAUAACUGUACUGUGACAUUGGUAAUAGAGGGCGAAUAGUCCUGAAAUAGUCAUGAGAUCUGUCUGUGCAAAUAAAUAAACCAUGAAAACUGUACUAAAGCAGGCAAGUUUAUAAUAACAAAGUCAUUUCAAAAAGAGAAAUGCAACACUAAUACACAGAAAGUGUUAAUGGUAAUGUUUUGUGAUAGUUGCAAAGGUGUGAAUUUAAUUUAUUAUAAUGUCAGCAAAAGUAAUGAAAGGUGCAACAAAGGUGCACAUCUCUCAAUAUAUACAAAUAGCAUUUUUACCUCCUUGAUCUGAAUUUGAAAUUGCUAGUGUCACACAUUUUAUUGCUAGUAAUAUUAAUUUCAGAAGCCCUUAUAAUAAGGUCAUGAGUAUGCCAUUGAUGCAUCUCAAUUCCUCCUCUUGCCCACAGUUAUUUUAUGUUAUGUCUUAUAAUAGUUUUUUUGCUACAUGGUUUGUGCUUUUUAUUUAGUUAGUAGUAUCAGCCAGUAAUCUGACUGUGUAAAGCACCUUCCUGAUUAUGUACACAUCUUUUUGAUUAGUGCUUUAAUGAUUAAUUUAUCAUUGUGCUACAAUCUUCUCAAUAAAUCUGGAGUUUGGCUAGAGUGGAAAAGAAUAAUCAGAAUGAUUCCCAUUUUAUAAUGCAAUAAUUCUGGAAACCACAUUAAAUAUAAUUGUACCAGUAAUGUCAAAACAGUGACUGAAGGGAUAUUCUUAAUAACUUUUCUUCUGUCCCAGAACUAUUCUUACUCUCAGAGCAUGAUGCUCUUCAGAAUACAAACUUAUAUUUUACAAAAAGAGUUCAUAUUUUUUGUAUUGCCAUUGUCCAAUUAAUUACUAAAUGGCAAUUUUUUCAAGUAAAUAAUAUUUUCUUUAAGCACAAAGGUUUUGUUAAUACAAACUAUAGGGCAAUAUAACAUUUAAGCUUUAAAAAUAUUAUUUAGUUUAGUGCAACUUUAUGAAAUGUCCUCAUCUGUUCUUGUAGAUCUGGACUUAACAUCACUAACAAUGUUAGUAUCAAUUCAUUAGUAACAAUUGUUAUCAUUUGUUGAAGUGGUUGAUACAUU